UCACAGCAGAAGUGCGCGCAUUUGCUCUCUCUUUUUCUGUUCAUCUGAGUAUAGUACUGAGAAAGACAUUUCCCUUGUUUUGUUGUUGUAGCAGAGCAAAUACACAGACAUGACUACUGCCAUUGAUGAAUCUAGCAGAAACCCAACGAGGCUUGAGGGGAAACCGAGUGCCAUAGUAGUGUGUUGGAUUCUUGGACUUGGAUCUCUGGUAUCUUGGAAUAGUAUGCUGACAAUAGGGGAUUACUAUUAUCAACUGUUUCCUAAAUAUCAUCCUUCAAGGGUGCUUACCCUGGUGUAUCAACCAUUUGCAAUUGGAACAAUUGCAAUUCUUGCAUAUAAAGGUGAAAAGCUGAAUACAAGGAAGAGAAACUUAGCAGGAUAUAUACUAUUCUUCUUGGGCACAUUUGCUCUCCUACUGUUGGAUUUAGGCACAUCAGGGAAAGGUGGGCUCGGAAACUACAUAGGAAUUUGUGUUAUUGUUGCAUCUUUUGGAGUUGCAGAUGCCCAUGUUCAAGGUGGAAUUGUUGGGGAUCUGUCUUUCAUGUGUCCUGAAUUCCUCCAAUCAUUCUUAGCUGGUUUAGCUGCUUCAGGGACACUGACUUCUGGCUUGAGGCUAGUGACAAAAGCAGCUUUUGAACACUCCAGUAAUGGUCUCCGGAAAGGAGUUAUCUUGUUCCUGGCAGUCUCGACGUUCUUUGAAUUCCUAUGUAUUAUUCUAUAUGCAUUCGUCUUCCCCAAGUUAGCAAUCGUGAAAUACUAUCGUGCAAAGGCAGCUUCAGAGGGAUCAAAAACUGUUGCAGCAGAUUUAGCUGCAGCUGGCAUCACAGCACCAAGUGAAAGUGUUGAUGAUGCUAAGCAUGUGGAGAGGGUGAGCAACAAGAAGUUGUUCAUGGAAAACAUUGAUUAUGCAUUGGACCUCUACCUCAUAUAUGUUGUAACUUUGUCGAUUUUUCCUGGAUUUUUAUACGAGAAUACUGGAACCCACAACCUAGGCUCAUGGUAUCCUACUGUUCUGGUGGCAAUGUACAAUAUUUGGGAUCUCAUAUCAAGGUACAUUCCCCUCAUCAAGAAAGUCGAGCUGAAAUCCAGGAAGGGGCUGAUGAUAGCAAUACAAUCUCGUUUCUUGUUGAUCCCGUGUUUCUAUUUCACUGCUAAAUAUGGGGAUCAAGGAUGGAUGAUCAUGCUUGUAUCUUUUCUCGGACUAACAAAUGGUUACCUCACUGUCUGUGUCCUCACUGCUGCUCCUCAAGGUUACAAGGGUCCGGAGGCAAAUGCAUUGGGAAACAUCUUGGUGCUAUGUCUUCUUUCUGGCAUAUUUACUGGUGUGGCUCUAGACUGGCUGUGGCUAAUCAGUAACAGUCACUUUUGAGGGAAAAUCAAUUAUAUAUAUUAUAUUAUAGGUUAACUUGGCGAUUGGAGGACUACAAUUCUUCCUCUCCCCCCGGAAGGUGUGAGGAGCAUUCUUGAGGUUGAUUCUUGUGGCGUGGCUACAAGACGUGUUCACUAGUCUUUUCUGGGACCAUUGAUCC